AUGUCGUGCUUGCAGCCGAGCGUGCUGCGCGGCGUACGCGCGGCGCGGCGUGUGCCGCACUGUAUCGUACGGCACGCCUCCUCUGCACCACCACGAGUGCGGCCGCGGCCGUGGGCCUGCGCGGCGCUCGCGCUCGCGGCCGCCGCGGCGGCCGCCGGCGUUGGCGCGCUGCAUCUCGAAGCGCCCCACGCAAGCGUCCCUGUGCCUGUGGACCGCGUGGUGUUUGAGCAAGCGACCAAGAUCGGUCUUCCGCUGCACAUGGACACGCCCGGCGGCGAUGUGAAUAUCGACCGCGCCACGCUGCGGCUUGCUGGCCUCGGUGUGCGCACCGUCACGUUUCUUGGGCUGCGCGUGUACGUAGUGGGCAUGUAUGUCGCAGAGGACGCACUGGAAGCUACGCAGCGCGCCGUAGCCACGACGGGCGCCACGCCGAACUUGGAGGAGACCGUCUCCGCCUGGCUCCACGCUGGAAUUCCGUGCGCAGUGCGGCUCGUGCCCGUGCGCAACACCGAUUUUCAGCACAUGCGCGACGGCCUUGUGCGUGCGGUGAAUGUGCGUGCGAAAGAUGCGCGGCAAGGCAAGAAUGUCCAGACGCUCUUGCCUGCUGCCGACGCAGCACUGGCGCGCAACAUACAGCAGUUCAAAGCACUCUUUCCCCGCGGCAAGAUGCCCGAACGCCAUGCGCUCGACGUGAUUGUCCAGCGGAGUCCCGUCACGUCGCAAUACUGCCUUGCGAUGCAGUACGAUGGCAAGCCGCUGGGCACGCUGGCCUCUGAGCCCACGAUGGAUGCGGCCGCGCCUGGCGAGCUUGUUUUUACGCUCCCCAUGAACUUGCUGCUUGCCUAUGCGGGCGAGCGUCCCGACAUUAGUGCGGCGCUGCGCGCAUCGAUGGUGCAUAGCUUAGUGCAUGGCCUGUUGUAG